UUAAAUAUCAAAAUUGAAACGCCCAUAAUUUCCCAGUCAGGUUAGGAUUUUGUCGGUUUGAUCUUGGCGCCUUCUAAGAAAUUCUUCAGCACCCCGUCGUCUCUCCGGGGCUUCUUUUCACAACGACCCCCAGUUCGAAGAAAUCGAAUAGAUUCAAAGGAGGAAGGUUAUGGGAAAAGAUUUGGAGGGUUUCAGUGGUUCAUCAGCAGCCAUUGAUUCCUCAAAUGUUGGUUUUAAGCUUUUGAAGAAGCACGGUUGGCAAGAAGGAACCGGUCUUGGGAUUUCCCAGCAGGGAAGGUUGGAACCUGUAGAAACUUAUUGGAAGAACAAUAAACGUGGCCUGGGAGCUGAGAAGGUAAAGAAGAAGACUGUAAAGCCUCCUGAAACUACCGAUUCUAAUGAGAAAAAUGACCAGGAACAGCCAUCAAAAAAAUCAAAGGCACUCUCGAAGAGGAUGAGGAAGAUGCAGGAGUUUGAAAAGAAAUUGCAAGAGAAGGAAUUUGAAAGAGCCUUUUUCAGGGAGUUCUGGCCAGAUAAUGUUUAAUGGUGCAACAAAUUGCAUGUUCUAAUUUACUUUCUUUCAUGCCCCCCAUCUUUUUAAAAAUUUUGAAUUUGUAUAGUCAAUUUUUUUUUUUUUUUUUUCCCCAAUGCAACUUAAAAUCAUACCAUAUUCGGGUUGUAUCUUCUUGUAUCAUUUUUUUCCCCUUAAAUCCUAGGGUAAGGAUUCAAACUCGGGUGCGUUGCCCCUAGUAAAAAUGGACUGUGCCACUCAGCUGUCUGCAGGGGAACUAUCUUCUUGUAUUAUUUUUGUUAAAUAAUUCUCAUAUAGUCAAUUGUUAGUGUUAAUGAUC